AUGGCGUCGUGGACGAAGACCGGCGUCCUUGGGAAGCAGGCCAUCCUUCAGCUUCUGUUAAAUGCCGUUACCAAUGAUCAAGGUCGUCUUCUAUCCCCACAGGUUCACAACGGUCCUAGUCAAAGUGAAGCUGAGGUAGUUCUUAAGGAGCUACUUGCAAGAGCAGAAGACGAAGAGUCGAACGUCUCGGCAUUGGAGCUCAAGGCAUGCGUCUCACAUCGCCUAGUAAUUCUCUCAGCCCUCAUGUUGCGCAAUACCCCUCGCCUCCCACUGCUUACAACGGUCAUGCGCGUAAGAUAUCGGCGUUAUAGCGAUGAGGAACUCGGAAAGCUAGCAGUGGAAUGGAAUAGGGCACCACAGGAGCGUCGACGGGCCGCUUUAUAUGCUGCACGAGUAUUCGAAUCGGUCCGCAGCCAGUAUUGCGCUCAUUUCUCAACCCCGGUGCUGUUAUUUCGCGCUACUUUAACCUUGUGGCUCCAUACUGUUUUCAACGACCUGCCUCUGGACUCGCAACCCGCAAGUGAGACGCCGUUGGUAGUUCUCGGCGCCCCAAAUACGAGUGACAUGAAUCAAGAGCAGUGGGUGGAACACGGAAUUGGCCGUGUUAAACUACAUGGGAUUGGUAACAUCUUCUGUCCGCUGGGCCGGAAACGACUUCUAGAUGAGUCGAUCUCUGCGAUGCAAUCCCUGAGAUCAUGGGGGAUUAGUAAAAUCUACAGGCAACUGCUGAUUCAACUACGCGCAGACUAG